CAAAAACAACGUUUACCGGUUUACUGGUAAUGUUUUCGUCUCUCCCGAGCCAUAACGAAAAGGUGUCUGUAUUUGGAAGCAGGAAUCAAUAAAAGGCAAGACCAACGGAUUGUUUAUCCAGAAUUCAUGCGGUGAUUUAACUUUUUUGUGGAAUACAAUGGGUUAUGUGAAGAGUUUAGUUUUCGUUGCUGUGGUGGCAGCGUCUUAUAUGUAUUAUCGAAAUUUGACCGCACCAUUACCCCUUCCCCCACUGAACCAACUGGAGCAGUACUGGGGUCCUGGAGAUGCUAAAAACUACAAAGAGGAUACAGCGAUAAAACCCUUCAAAAUCAACUACUCAAACGAUACCAUUCAUAAAUUGCGCACCAAAUUAAAUGACGUGCCAAACUUGGCAAAACCACUAGAAGGAGUUGCAUUUCAGUAUGGUUUCAACAGUAACCGUUUACAGGAGAUUAUAACCUAUUGGAAAACAAACUAUUUGGCCAAAUGGGAUGAGCGGGAGAAAUUCUUGAACCAAUUCCCACACUUCAAAACCCAAAUUCAAGGUCUCGAUAUUCACUUUAUUCACGUGAAACCGAAAGUUCCAGCUGGCACCAAAAUCCUACCCAUUCUGUUACUUCACGGAUGGCCAGGAUCAGUGCGCGAAUUUUACGACAUAAUUCCAAUGUUGACGACCAAGUCAGAGGAUAAAAACUAUGUGUUCGAGGUAAUUGUUCCUAGCUUACCAGGCUACGGUUGGUCUCAAGGAGCUUCUAAGCAAGGUAUGAGCACGUCAAAAAUAGCACUUAUUAUGAAGAAGCUCAUGAAUCGUAUUGGACACGAGCAAUUCUACGUACAAGGCGGAGAUUGGGGAUCACUAAUUGGAAACCAAAUCGGCACCUUCUUCCAGGAUAACGUGAAGGGCAUUCACCUCAAUAUGUGUGGACUUCAAAGCACAAGUGCCAUGUUAAAAACCUUCAUCGCAAGCUUUAUGCCAUCGGUUUUCAUUGAAAAAGAGUAUGUUGACUUCUAUUUUCCGGCUUUACCCAAGCUGAAGGAGAUCAUUAUUGAAUCCGGUUAUAUGCACUUACAAGCCACUAAACCUGACACAAUUGGAGCAGCUCUCGUUGGGAAUCCAAUAGGUCUAGCCGCCUAUAUUCUUGAGAAGUUUUCCACCUGGACUAAUCCAACAUAUCGGCAGCUGGCGGAUGGUGGUCUAGAAAAAUAUUUUACGCUAGACAGCCUUCUGGAUAACAUCAUGAUCUACUAUCUAACCGAUACGAUCACUACCUCACAGCGGAUUUAUUAUGAAACGUUUAGUGUACAAGAGAUGGGCCUGCAGUUCGAUCGUAUUCAAACGAAAGUGCCUGCCGCAUGUGCCAAAUUCAAAUACGAACUCGCUCAAACUGUAGACUGGGCAUUGCGGGACCACUUCACCAAUCUGGUGCAAAGUAAUCAUUUCCAGGACGGUGGACACUUUGCGGCCAUGCAGUUACCUGCAGUAAUCUAUAAGGAUUUGGUCCAGUUUGUGAACAAGGUCGAAAAUCAGAAAUAGAAUGUAACGUGGGAGAGUGUUUUUCGCUUUUCCAUUGUAAUUAAACAUAUGUACAUAAAAGUUAUUCCAUGUUUUUAACAAA